AUGGCACAUCUUAAAAUUAGCAGCAGCAUAUUUGAGAACCAUCGGAAUACCACCACAAUAAACUCCAUCAUUGUAAAGGGAUUGGCCCUGGAGGCCGCAGCAUAUAGCGGAGGCUCUGUUGGCCUUCAUGAUGGUACAGUCUCGCUAUUAGCCACGGAGGACGGUGGAGUCAUAGCAGAAGAUGAAAUAUACAGUGUCGCGGAAGCAGCGAAGGUAAUGCUCGGUGUGCUCAGAGCAAUUGAUUCUUCUGAUAUACUGGGCGUGCUUGGAGUACUAGAAAUGUUUAUAAUACUCGAAGUGAAUGUUGAGCUGGAUGUGGUUGUAGUUCUGCACGCGUAUCAACCAUUAAAAGUGGCCGGAGUGCUAGGCGUAGGUGGUACUCCAAAUAUGCUUGAAGUUACGAAUGCGCUUGAGCUGCUGGACUUGGGUGCUGCGCUGGGCGUGUUCAACGUACUAGAACCUGGGCUUACCCGAGUGUCAGCGGGUAUGGACGUCGUCGAGGCUAGAGAUAGUGAAGCACUAAGUGGUCUAGAUUCGCUACUUCGCGCAGAGCUAGAAAUGGAAUGUGAUGAAGGUUCACAGGAAGUGCAGCCCGAAAUGAAACCCUCGCGCUUACAAGUCCAGGCUGUGAUCGCGGAGCAAUCGUUCAUACGGACCCCAUUUGGUAACAUCCUUGAGUCACGUUGUAUAUCUCGUAGUUACGCAAUCACUAUUGGCCGCAAAAACAUCAAAGCAUAA